UCCAAUUUGCAAGCUUUGAAGAAGCAGCUGAGCACUCCAUUUCGCUGAAGUACCAAAGAUCUUGGCUCUUUAAAAAAAAAACUUUGGCAUCUCUGUAAUACAAAUCAGGGAGUCAUGAAGUGCGCUUACGGAGCAUGCAGGCACACAAGGAUUUUCAUGUGGUUUCUUCUUCUUUAUAUACUUGUCCAGAAGGUGGUCCCAGAAGUUGACACGGACAUUGACACUAAGAGUGGAAGAGUAAAAGGGGUCAGUUUGCCUGUGCUUGGUGGGACUGUAACAGCCUUCCUUGGGAUUCCUUAUGGAGAGCCACCACUUGGGACCCUGCGGUUCAAAAAGCCGCAGCCUAGACAAGAAUGGACUGGGGUUUGGGAUGCUACCAGGUAUGCAAACUCUUGCUAUCAAAACAGAGACGACACGUUCCCUGGAUUUGCAGGAUCAGAGAUGUGGAACCCAAACACAAACCUCAGUGAAGACUGUCUCUAUCUCAAUGUGUGGGUUCCUUCACCUAAGCCUAAAAAUGCAACUGUCAUGGUAUGGAUCUAUGGAGGAGGCUUCCAGACGGGGACAUCCUCAUUACCUGUCUAUGAUGGGAAGUUUCUGGCCCGAGUAGAAAGAGUCAUUGUAGUUUCAAUGAACUAUAGGUUAGGGGCAUUGGGAUUCAUGGCUUUGCCAGGGAAUGAGGAAGCUCCAGGAAAUGCUGGACUCUUUGAUCAGCGAUUGGCACUUCAGUGGAUCCAGGAUAACAUAGUCACCUUUGGUGGCAAUCCAAAAAGUGUCACAAUAUUUGGAGAGAGUGCUGGAGCUGCAGCUGUCAGCUACCACCUCAUUUCUCCUAAAAGCUAUCCUCUCUUCACUCGAGCAAUCAUGCAAAGUGGCGCUGGAAAUGCUCCAUGGGGUACACUUCUACCUUUUGAAGCAAGGAGAAGAACGCUAGCUCUAGCCCACCUCCUACACUGUACAAGCAGCAACGAAACAGAGAUUGUUCAUUGUCUUCAAAGCAAACAUCCCAAGGACAUACUUGACAAUGAAGUUUCUGUCUUAACACACACAACUCUUAUAGAGCUAUACUUUGUUCCUGUAGUUGACGGUGACUUUCUUACUGAAAUGCCAGAAACAUUGCUAAAGAAUGGGGAUUUUAAACAAACCCAGAUCUUGAUGGGAGUGAACAAAGACGAAGGGGCAGUUUUCCUUGCAUACGGAGCACCCGGCUUCAGCAAAGAUAACAACAGCCUAAUUAAUGAUGCAGACUUUCGGGCAGGUUUGAAGCUCUCCUUUCCAGAAAGUAAUGAUAUCAGCUUGGAAUCUAUACACUUUCACUAUACAGACUGGGAAGAUGAACAGAACCCUUUCAAUUACCGCGAUGCCUUGGAUGAUGUCCUUGGAGAUUACAAUUUCAUAUGCCCUGUAGUAAAGUUCAUAAAACAUUUUUCAGAGGCAGGAAACACUGCAUUCUUAUACUUCUUUGAGCACAGAUCUUCAAAACUUCCUUGGCCAGAGUGGAUGGGAGUACCGCAUGGUUUUGAAAUAGAGUUUGUAUUUGGACUACCUCUGGAGAGAAGAGUCAAUUAUACCAAAGCAGAGGAGAUACUGAGUAGGUCUAUGAUGAGAUAUUGGGCAAGUUUUGCAAAAACUGGAACACCCAAUGGGACUCAGAUUAAUGGGACAAGAUGGCCAGUCUUCACUCGCACUGAACAAAAAUACUUAACAUUAAGCACAGAAGCAUCAAAGAUUCAAAGAAAAUUACGUGCCCAGCAGUGCCGAUUCUGGGAUAUAUUUUUUCCAGAAGUCCUGGAGAUGACAGGAAAUAUUGACGAAGCGGAACGAGAGUGGAAAGCCGGAUUCCUUCGCUGGAACAAUUACAUGAUGGACUGGAAAAAUCAAUUUAAUGAUUACACUAGUAGGAAGGAAGGGUGCGCAGGUCUCUAAUUAAAAGUUUCAGCCUCUCUGAGAUGCCUGUAUUGUCAAAGAUCAAGGCAAACACACAGAUAGCUAAUGUAGCGCAUCCAGCCAUAAGGCAUGUUAUGCAGGCUCUGUGACAUGUCACAAAUAUACUGGCUUGCCAAGCCCAUUUCUAUUUAUACCAAUAAAUGCCACGAUAAACUCUACUACUCUCAGAAGCUUCAGGAAAUGCAAAACAGACUGUAUAGGUGCCAGAAUUCUUUUUACACACAUACAGCACGCAUAGAUCCUGCUCUGCUCAUGUGCAGAAAAGGUGUUGCCAUGCACAGGUUUGUGGCAUUGUGCAUUUGAGUGCAAAGCAAUGUGCUGUAGACUGACUGCAUUGUUCUUUGGAUGCUCAGUCAAAUGUGCAUUGCAAUGCGUAUCUCGCUUGUGGCCACUGUUCUCCGUCCCACAAAUGACAUGCACGCCUAAGUUCUUUAUGAGUGCUGUUCUGCUUAGUACGCUUGUGUUCAAAGAAGGGAAACUUUUAUAAUGUGUUCACAGAUAAAUGGAACUUUUUUCUUUCUUUUUGGAAAAGAAAGCACCGAAAAGAUCAGCAUUCCAGGGCACUGCUCUGCCGUCUCUGAUCUCCAACUGCAAUGUCACAGCAUUUUAAAUGCCACUUCAGCUGCUAUUUAGUUGUUAUGAACACAUAAAGAGUUGCCAACUGGGCAGGAAUGAAGCCAAUGUAAUUGUCUUGUAAAAUCAAAGGGCCUUUUAAAAGAUGCUAAAUAUGAAUUUCUUGCUCUUUAAAAACUAAAAAUCCUUGAGAUCAAAACUCUCAGCAUCAAAUUAUACCACUAUUCCCUCUUGGUCCAAAAGAGAACAGAUUUUUUUUCCUAGCUGGAUAAGUGGGAGAUUCUUUGGAAGACACUUUCUCCUGCUUCCGACUCAAGGGUCUCCAAUGUAGUCCUUGUGUGUGUCAUGGUGCCUGCCACGUGUUUCUAGAAAGUGCACAGGGCCCGGUGGGGCUCUUGGCCAGCAAGACUUCUGAUUGGCUAUUGGAGAUUUGAUUGACUGUGUAGAAUUUUUAAAACAUCUUCAGUGUGUAACUAAAAGUAAGCUACAUCAGCCAUUUUGUGGCUAUCUCCACCUCCUGUAGCAAUAAUUUUUUUGGCAGCCAUUUUGUGAAUGUACCUACUAUGUUGUAAGAAUUCCAAAUGUGUCCACAGGCUCAAAAAGGUUGAGGAUCCCUGCUCUAAUCCCUUUCCUUGGGGGCAACUGUCUUACCAAGAAAGUCAGAUAUACUCAGUUGGAGGGACUUUUGCAUGGGGUGGGGACUUAAAUCCAUUUAGUUGAACAACAUCAUGAAGCUUAUAUCUAUACCCCAUUGUGUGCAGACCUCUCUCCAAAAAAAUGAGAAAAAAUGGUAAAUCAGGAAGAGAGGAGGACAAUCCAGAGAAAGAUAAACACACACCAUGCAUCAAACACAAGGCAGAUACGGAAACCAGUCAACCUGAAAGAUGCACAAUGAACUGCAGCUUAUAUAAAUCUAACAGGUUUAUUGCAUAACUUGAGCAUUUGUAUUUUUGGUUCUGGAAAUAAAACACUGUCUUAAGA